GAAGCUGCUUACAAUGAGUAGCCAAGCAAAGACCUCAGUGGGAGUCAUUGGAGCCCCCUUCUCAAAGGGACAGCCAAGAAGAGGAGUGGAAGAAGGGCCGAAAUAUUUAAGAGAUGCUGGGGUAAUUGAGAAAUUAAGAGAACUUGGCAAUGACGUUCGAGAUUAUGGUGAUCUGGAUUUUCCCGAUGUGCCUAACGACAUAACAUUUAACAAUGUGAAAAACCCACGCACAGUUGGGAAAGCCACAGAGAAAUUGGCCAAUGCUGUUACGGCGGUAAAAAAAGCUGACAGGACAUGCUUAGUCAUUGGGGGAGAUCACAGCUUGGCAGUGGGAACAAUCGCUGGUCAUGCAGCAGUUCACCGUGAUCUUUGUGUUGUUUGGGUGGAUGCCCAUGCAGAUAUUAACACUCCAUCCACAUCACCCAGUGGCAACCUUCAUGGACAGCCAUUAUCCUUUUUAAUGAAAGAACUCAAAAGCAAGAUGCCUGAUGUUCCAGGAUUUGAGUGGGUGAAACCAUGCCUCAGUGCCAAAGACAUUGUAUACAUUGGUUUAAGAGAUGUAGACCCAGGAGAGCAUUACAUUCUGAAGACACUUGGCAUAAAAUACUAUUCAAUGUCUGAAGUGGAUUAUCUUAAAAUAGACAAAGUAAUGGAAGAGACAAUUGAAUAUUUGGUUGGAAAGCAGAAGAGACCCAUUCAUUUAAGUUUCGACAUUGAUGGUCUGGACCCAAGUAUUGCCCCAGCUACUGGAACUGCUGUCCCUGGAGGGCUGACUUACAGGGAAGGCAUGUACAUCACAGAAAAACUCUGUAGGACAGGAUUGCUUUCGGCAGUGGAUAUAAUGGAAGUAAACCCAUCACGCGGAGAAACAAAGCGAGAUGUUGAGCUCACAGUUAACACUGCGCUUGACAUGACUUUGUCAUGCUUCGGAAAAGCUCGUGAAGGAUAUCAUACAUCAACAAUGACACUUCCAGAUAUUAUAUAAUUCUAAUAUUUUGUAUAUAGCAAGUGGACAAAUUAUGUACUAAAGGGAUUUUACUAGUCCCACAUUUUUUAAAAAAAUGCAGUUCACACCUUUAAAACAAGUUAUUGUAUUACGUGUGAUUUAAAGGGAAUGUACACCUUAAAAUUAACUUAUUAUAUGAUUGUUGGAAUACUAAUACAUUUGAAAAUUAUCUUUCUAUCUAUCUGUUUUUGAAAUAUUCAACUCUUUGCUCUGCAGUUCGGAAUCUAGAUUCACAGUUACCAUAGAAACCAUCCACUAGUUUGAUUAACAGCCUGAAAAAUAAGGUUCAGUUAUAAGAAAUAUUUUUUGAGUUCCAAGAACCACUCACUCUAAGCUAUGGAUUCACUGGAUUCUGUUUCUAGAACCAGUUAGCUUCUACCUGUUGCUUACAGACCAAAUUCUAACCCCUAUAUAAAAACACAUGCAACAGGAAGACUGUAAGGAUCAUAAUAACCUACAGUAUUCAUUACAGAUGUCAAUCAAUUAUUUAUCGAUGUAUCCAUGCUUUAUCCACUGGUACAUAAUCCCUUCAGUAUGUCUUAUGUAUUUGCACUGACAGUUAGUUCACACACAGGUCAAAUUCUGCUGUGGAAUGGUAAAAUGCUAAAGUAUGCACCACAAUUUGUCCUGUGUACACUGCCAGGCAGACCCUGUGCCUAUUAGUUCACAUGCAUACAGGGGGUGGAAGGCAGCCAGACAGCUUUUCCAAUUUGCCAUUAGCCUUAGAUACUACACAUACACUUAAAUAGACAUACUGUAUGCUCUGACUAGUUUUUGUUCAUUUGAAGAUGGUUUUUGAUUAAAUCUCCUAUAAUAUCAUUGCAUUCUUACUAUUAUCUCUGCUUUAAUUAUUCAACAAGUAGUAUUUUGCAAUGGCGUAGUCAUACAACUAACUGAAAUGUGACUCCUGAGGAAUGUAUAAUUUACUCAGUAGCUGUAUAACUUCUAUAUUUGUAAUAAAAAAUGUAUGUUGGAAA